AUGGCCAAUUUCUAUGCCAAUGCCAAAGGCUUUUCCAUUUUCUUCUCAUUUCUUCUUUGGCUAUUACUAAUUGCAAACCUUCACCUAACAAAUGCUCAAAUUGGUGUCUGUUAUGGACAACUUGGUGAUGACCUACCAUCUCCGGUAGAAGUUAUCGACCUUUACAAUCAGAACAAUAUCGAAAGAAUGCGACUUUACGCUCCCAACCAACCUUCUCUCAACGCUCUUAGAGGCUCCAACAUUGAGCUCAUGCUCGGCAUUCCCAACCACGAGCUUGAAGCCAUGGCCACCACUCAAGAAAAUGCCAAUUCAUGGUUUCAAGACAAUGUCCUCAGCUUCGGCGAUGUGAAAUUCAAGUACAUUGUCGUCGGAAAUGAGAUAAAACCGAGCGACGGGGCUGCUAGAUUCCUCGUUCCCGCCAUGCAAAACAUCCAAAACGCAAUUUCAGCGGCGGGCUUGAGAGGAAAAAUCAAAGUUUCUACUGCCAUUGACACCGGAGUUCUUGCAGAGUCCUACCCUCCUUCAAAGGGCUCCUUCAGAAGUGACUAUCUUCCGAUUCUCGACCCAACCAUCCGCUUCCUAGUCGACAACAACUCGCCAUUGCUCCUCAACUUGUACACUUAUUUCAGUCAUAUCUCAAACACCAAAGACAUUUCUCUCGAUUAUGCACUUUUUACAGGGAUGUCGAUGGUUUCAGAUGGCCAACUUGUUUAUCAAAAUUUGUUUGAUGCCAUUUUGGAUGCUGUUUACUCUGCUUUGGAGAAGUCUGCCGGCGGAGGGUUGGAAAUUGUUGUCUCGGAGAGUGGUUGGCCGACGGAUGGCGGGGAGGCGGCGAAGGUAGACAAUGCAAGAACUUAUAAUAAUAACCUGAUUCAACAUGUGAAAGGAGGGACUCCAAAGAGACCUGGAAUGCCUAUUGAAACCUAUGUGUUUGCAAUGUUUGAUGAGAAUCAGAAGACGACUCCUCCUGAGGUUGAGAAACAUUGGGGUUUGUUCUCCCCAAACAAACAACCUAAAUAUCUAGUUAACUUCCACUGA